UCGAGCUCCCAUGCCCUAUUUGAAUGCAACAUCUAAGGAGCAGGCACUUUCAUUCACUGCUCUCUCUUUCUCGCACACAUUUUUCUUCUUUUAAUACAAGCAGCCAGUGAUUCCAUACUGAUUGGAAUCGUUGCAGGCAUUUUCUCAUGCACAAAAACAGCAAAUAAGCGACCUAUUCACCGUAACUGAAAUACGGAGUCACAGAGAAAGAGAGAGAGAGAGAGAGAGAGAGCGAGAGAGUGAAGUUUAAGUAGGUGGUACGACUAUAAACACUGCUAAACAGGAAGAGAAGCUAAUUUUAGAGAAAAACAACUCAUGGAGAAUGGCGGUAACUUGUACACUGCUCACAACAAUCGUAGCAGGGGGCAGAAUAGCGCUAAUGCCAAUCUUGUUUGGGAUAUGUGGGAGACUAAUUCUUCAAGAAUUGACUGGGGUAAUUCUAGCAAUGGCACCGCCUUUUUCACCUCCGCCAUCGCCUCCGCAACCACCUCUGCUGCGGAGACUAUCUGUUCCACGCACCCAGGAGCCGCUUCAGCACAAGCGCUGCUGUUUCCGCAUCAGAGUCUGUACCACCAACACGACCACCACUAUCAGCAGUUCUCCCUUUAUGGCGGAGAAGGCUCCCACUUCCACCCUGACCCGCAUCUUAUGUGCUUGAAGCUGGGAAAGCGCCACUACUUCGAAGAUAAUAUCCCCGUGGGUGACCGACAUUUAGGCUUUUCUGUAGGCAAAAGAGGCAAACCCUACUAUAGCGUGGUGGGUGGUCAUGCGGGACCAUCCUCAUCGGCGGUGGGUGGGGUGGGUUCUGCGGCAAACGUGGCUAGGUGUCAGGUGGAGGGUUGCCAAGUAGCGUUGGUGAACGCCAAGGAUUAUCACAGGAGACAUAAAGUUUGUGAGAUGCAUUCCAAGGCUCCCAAAGUAAUCGUUCUAGGGCUAGAGCAGCGGUUCUGUCAACAGUGCAGUAGGUUUCAUGUAAUUUCAGAAUUUGAUGACUCAAAGAGGAGCUGUAGAAGGAGACUGGCUGGUCACAACGAGCGAAGAAGAAAGAGUGCUCACGAUUCUGUUUCCAGGAACUCUUGUCAAGACAAGCUGAUGGCAGGGAGCUUUCCAUAUUUAGCAUCACCAGCAGACCGUGCUCUCUCUCUUCUGUCAUCUAAGGCUGAUUCUUGGGUAAAUUCAUCUGAUCUUUCUUCAAGAUCCAGCGCUGCAUUGCGUGAACUCAUUGCAGAAAAUCGUGCUGCCAUCUUGGCUAGGCAGCUGUUCCAUGAACGACACCUGCAACACAAUGCAAUGGAAGACUUAGGUGAUCAUUCCCAAUCCAGUUUCAUCCCUCAUCAUAAUCAAAUUUUAGCUGAUGCAAACAAUUGGGAGCGCUUCCAUGACACUGGAACACAACUUACUUUGGACCUAAUGCAGGCUCCAACGUCAGCGUUCGGGUUCUUGUCUGCGAGAGGGAAAAACAGCAAGGAAGAGGAAGAAGAAUGUUCUGAGUUAUGGAACACUUGGGCAGGAGCCCAUGUAGUUUAAACUACCACUUUCUUUCAUGGAUAUUCUUUUCGUUGUGCGUUUUUAAGCAUACUUGAACUGCUAAGUCUUAUUUAAUUCUUUCAUCGCAGGAAUAUUUUUUUCUUAAAGAAAAUCUAAUUUGUCUC